GUCAACUCCAACAAAGCCUUGUCUCUCAACCUUCGGACUUUGAUCAAUUAAACAGUUGUCUUGAACCCAAAGAUUUGUCACGAUGACCUCCCGGAUUGACAAGACGAUUGCUCGACAGCGCGAGAAGAUUGCUUCUGGGGCCUACUACGAAGCUCACCAACAAUUGCGUGUCAUCGCAGCCCGAUACAUCAAACAAGCGAAUUACGAUGCAGCGGCGGAUCUAUUAGCUGGCGGGGCGACGGCUCUCCUCAAGGCUGGCUCGCAACAGGGUGCGUCCGCCAGUGGUGGAGACUUGUCCAUCAUGCUGGUCACCGAGGUGUACAAUAAAGCGGGCUGGGAGAUCACUGGCGGUAGCGACGAUGCCGAGGGGCGAUCUCGUAAGAAACGCCUCAUCCAACUGCUGCGCGAAUUCCCCCCCGAGGAGCCCACGCGAAAACGGUUCAUUCAGGAGAUCAUUGGCUGGAGUGCAAAAUACGGACCUCUGGAGAGAGGCGACCCUGACUUGCAUCACGCUGCCGGGUCGGUGUAUGCGGAAGACCACGAACCCUAUGACGCCGAGAAACAUUUGAUCCUUGGCACGUCCGAGUCGGCGGAGACACUGGCAAAACUGGAAUACGAGUGGUACACACACGACGAACCCCAUACGGCGGCCAUCUACGCAUCCCGUGCGGUCUUUCCCUACAUCUUGACCGGCAACCUUCGCAAUGCCAACAAAGCCUUCCUCAUCUUCACGUCACGACUUUCUUCUUCGAACCCUUCGCUAGGCGCACAGGACAUCAGCAGUUCCAGCACGGACGCCCGAGUCUUCCCCGCGCUGCCCCUCCUCAACUUUAUCAACAUGCUGCUUCUUGCGAUUCAGCGCGGAAGCGCGGAUCUUUUCAAGCAACUUUCUACCCACUAUGCCUCGCAAAUCCGCGAAGUGGGCAUAUGGGAUGAUGCCUUGGCGCAGAUUGGCGAGCAGUACUUUUCGAUCAAGAUCCCCAGACAAGGAAAUCCUCUGUUGGAUAUGAUGGGCAGCAUGUUGUUCGGAGGUCAGGGAUCGCAGGGUCAGGGACAGUCGAGGAGAGUCGAAGCGCCGCCGAAAAGUCUCGAUCUGGAUUAGGUAGAUUGCCUUCGGAUAGGAUAGUUCGCAUGGGCUGCGAACACUGACACCCAAUACAUAAUUCAUCAUGCUCGCGAAUUAGUCUCUGGUUCGUACAUC